AUGCAGCCUUGGUGCCCUCCAUCCUCUACCCAAUUGGGCCCUGGCAGCUGUGGGUGGGUGCCAUGUAGUCCUGUGCAAAGGACAGCUGUGCUCAAAGGGUGUAAAUUCACAGAGAAACACGAAUGGAUAAUAACACAAAAUGGUAUUGGAACGGUAGGAAUCAGCAACUUUGCACAGGAAAGUUUGGGAGAUGUUGUUUAUUGUAGUCUCUCUGAAGUUGGGACAAAAUUGAAAAAGCAAGAUGAGUUUGAUGCUUUGGAAAGCAUGAAAGCUGCCAGUGAACUCUGUUCUCCUCUGUCAGGAGAAGUAGCUGAAAUUAAUGAAGCACUUGCAGAAAAUCCAGGGCUUGUCAACAAAUCUUGUUGUGAAGACGAUUGGCUGACCAAGAUGACAGUGAGUGGCCCUUCAGAACCAGAUGAUCUCAUAAGUGAAAUAUGUGAAAUUGACUGA